AUGAGCCUAAAUGGCAAAGCGUUCACCUACGUCAACCAGCUCGGUAGCUCAGAAGCGGACAAGAGCGGACGCGAAGACUGGUUCUGGUGCGCCUGCUUCCCACCGAACUACAGCCGUUUAUUUGGCAGUCUUGGAGGAUACCUCUGGCACUUCGGUCAGCAAGAUAAGGGAGCAUACAUCAACGUGCAUCUCUACACGUCAGCGAAAGUAGCAUGUGCAGCAGACGAGGGCCCAAUCGAGCUUGAGCAGUCAUCAAACUGGCCUUGGGACGGCACCGUCUCUUUCACACUCCAAAAUAAGAAUCAAGUUCCUAUCAUCGUCAGACUGCGAAUUCCAGCUUGGGCGAACAACUUCACCCCUCGACCCACCAUUCCCAGCGAACACCAAGUUGUCUCCAGUUGA